GGACAAAAUUCAGUUCAAUACAUUGGCCAAAGCCAUACCUCUCUCUCUCUCUGUCAUUUCAUCUCUCAGAUCGAAUCAAAAUCAAAACCAAAACCCAAUCAAAUUCUCUCUAACACCUUACUCAACCUUUCUUCUCUCUAAGAAACCAAAAAAAUGGCACCAGUGUCAGCCCUGGCAAAGUACAAGCUGGUGUUCUUAGGGGACCAGUCAGUUGGCAAGACCAGCAUCAUCACCCGCUUCAUGUAUGACAAAUUCGACAACACCUAUCAGGCUACAAUCGGUAUUGAUUUUCUAUCGAAAACUAUGUAUCUUGAAGAUCGAACAGUUCGGUUGCAGUUGUGGGAUACAGCUGGACAGGAAAGAUUUAGAAGUCUCAUUCCGAGCUACAUUAGAGAUUCAUCUGUUGCUGUCAUCGUGUAUGAUGUUGCAAGCCGGCAAACAUUCCUAAACACUUCAAAAUGGAUUGAAGAGGUGCGCACUGAGAGGGGCAGUGAUGUCAUCAUUGUCCUUGUUGGGAACAAAACUGACCUUGUGGAAAAAAGGCAAGUCUCCAUAGAGGAAGGAGAAGCCAAAGCUCGUGAGCUUAAUGUAAUGUUUAUUGAAACCAGUGCAAAAGCUGGCUUUAAUAUAAAGGCACUGUUUCGGAAAAUUGCUGCUGCUUUACCAGGAAUGGAAACACUCUCUUCAACAAAACAAGAAGACAUGGUUGAUGUGAACUUGAAGUCUACUAGUGGUGGUGCAACACAAUCCCAGCCCCAGUCAGGUGGAUGCUCGUGUUGAGUGAGGCAUUGUUUUAAAAUUUCGAGCAACUAUGCUCUAUUUCUUGCUGUUUGGGUUUUCAGCCAUCUUCGCCCCAGAUCUGUAAAGGUUUCAUUUAGAUUCUUUUUUCCUUCAAAAUACUUGUUGUCGGUUAUAAUCUUUUACUGCAUUGCUUGGGAGAUUCUCUUAGGGAACACAUGGGUCUGAAGAGCUAGGUGUAGAACUAGCAUUGGGGAAUUUGUUGUGUUGGUUAGACGGUCAUAACCUCUGAGAUAUUUAGUAAGAUUUACUGACUUGAAUAGAUUUUGGUAUUAAGCAUUUGUAAAAUGAAUAUUGGGUACAUUCUGCACUCUUCUUGCCUUUUUGUAUGAGAGAUUUUGAGUUGGUUA